CGUCGACUCGCUGCGUGACGUAACACGUAAAGAAGUUGAAGCUUGUGCUGCUUUACUCGAAAGCUUGUUGUCUUCCUUUUAGCUCGAGUUGUCUCUCGCCGUGGUGAUAUUAAUGACAAUGCUGACAUCAAACACAAACUGCUGGAGAUAAAAAAACAUCUUAUCUGACACGUGAGGAUAUGCCAUCUGACUUCGUAACGUAACUACAGAGUGAAGCUCGUGAGGACAACAAACCAGCAGCUAACAGGCGUUAGCACCACAAACCUUCACCCCGUCUGCUGCCCAUGCUCACUUUAUCUUCCAUUUCGUCUUCGUCUGUCGUCGGCCUUUAGUUUCUGUCAAUCGGUGGUUUCGCCAGGAGAGGAUGAACUGGUUUUUCCCUCUGUCCAAAGGCUCCGGACCUCUCCCUCUGAACAGCCUACAGCAACAAAGACAGCGGCAGGUCGAGUCACUCAAAGCCGCUCACCCGAGCCUUGCAGAGAUCCAGAAGGAUGUCGAGUACAGAAUACCAUUCACAGUCAACAACUCCACCAUUAAUGUUAACAUUCUGCUGCCUCCUCAGUUCCCCCAGGAGAAGCCAGUGGUUAGUGUGUACCCCCCUGUUGGUCAUCAUUUAGUUGACAGCAAUAAUGGCACCAUGAUCACCAGCCCCCUCAUCUCUAAUUUUGGGAUGCACUCGGAUCUUGGUAAGGUCAUUCAGAGUCUGCUGGACGAGUUCUGGAAGAGUCCUCCUGCCUUGAUGUCCACAGGCACCGCUGGAUUUCCAUACAGCAUGUACAAGCAGUCAGGCAUCACUCCUUACCCGACUCAGGCUUAUCACUAUGGUCCUCGUCACAUGGGUCCCAGUCACACGCCGCCUGCUGGUCCAGGCCCAGCUCCGUCUCCAGCUCCCAUUCUUCACCCAGGUGUCGAUAGUGCCCAUGGGCCCCCUCGAGCUCCAGCCCCAUACGGACUGAUUUCUGACCUGCCACUGCCUGUUCCUACCGGAGACUCCCAGGCUGGACUGAACGGUCACAUGUACAAGAUGCCUGAGAUUCCUGAGUCUUUUCCAGAACUCUGCAACAUGAAUCUGAGCCAGUUGUCCAACAUGUCUGAAGACGAGGAUGUGUUACUGGAGUUCUUUGUGAGUUUGCCACAGCUCAAACAAGUCACCAGUGAUAAAGAAGAACUGGUCACCAAUAUAGUGGACAUGGCUAAGAAAAACCUUCAAAUGGAGCCACAGCUGGAAGGAAAAAGACAAGAAAUGCUCAACAAGUACGAACAGCUCACUCAGAUGAAGUCGGCAUUUGAAACGAGGUUGCAGAGACAACAUGAACUCAGUGAGAGUUGCAGUCUUAAUACUCUACAAGCUCGGUUAAAAGUUGCAGCCCACCAGGCUGAGGAGGAGUCAGAAGAAACGGCUGAAAACUUCCUGGAGGGACGCACGGACAUCGACGAAUUUCUGACCAGCUUCAUGGAGAAGAGAACGCUUUGCCACAGCAGAAGGGCCAAAGAGGAAAAGUUGCAACAGUCCAUCAACACACAUGGACCGUUUCCUACCGGCCACUAGAACACAAGGUUUGGUGUUUUCUCAGCCAGCUGCGGCCAGCUAAAAAGGAUAAAGACAUUUGAGGGGAUGAAAAGCACACUGAGUCAACAAUGGGCACUUUGGAGGAAUAGGAAGAUGCUGAUGGUAAUGGUGGGCCAAAGAAGAAGAAGAAAAAAGAAGCUCACUGCGCUCAGAUCUGGGCAAGAAAUCAGUUGAAGUUGGAGGGAGAAGCUAUCGAGUCACCACAAGAGGCCAAAACUGGGAGAAUGAGUGACACAUGGCUAGCUUGUGCAGCCACAUGACAAAGGAUUGAUUACACAGUGGAUAAUAAUUUGUAUUGCACAUGCUGUUUGUCCAGUUUUGACUUGACAGUGAUGACAAAGAGUUUUAUUUCUUUCGUUGCUCAAUAAGAGAAACUGUGGUUGGUGACGUGAACACAUUUGGAAGAAAUACAAAUUGUUUAGGACAGUAUUCCCAGUCUUACACUUUUCCAUGCAGUGUCACUAUGAAAUAAUUGCUAAAAUGCUAAUGUUGGUGUCUGUCUGAGAUCAUAGUCAAGUCCUUGCUUUAUUAUCCCAGAAAGGUCCCAUUCCUACCGGACAUUCAGAACUACUAUUGCGCAGCAAAUCUCCUGUUUACAUUGGAAAGGUUGUUCUAGACAUUUAUAUGAAACUCAGCACUUGUAGUGUCACUUUAACAAGUCAAGAUAAUCUCUCCAACAAAGACGAAGCAAGGAUGGGGCGUUGUUGUCAGGAGACCUUUAGCUCAGGCUGUUAAAAUUGAACUCUUUGCGGACAGUGGUUGGACCUUGAUUAAUGUCUUGAACACAGCCUCAAUAUCAGUGUGUUUGCACAAGCAUUAAUAAUUCGAUUAAAUUUGCCAUGGCAUAACUUUGGUUCCCGUAACAUUGUUAACACCGUAACUGAGGUAUCCACAGUCGACACAAAACAAACCUGCACAGUUGUUUAGGUUUGUUGAAGGUCAUUGAUCAGUUUAACAAAGAAAUGUUGUCAGCCGAAGUUAUCAGGAAACCAGAGUUAAACGGUUUAAUGACUCUAUUAUCUAAAUGCUUUUUACGUGAAUUAUUUGUGUACAUGUAAACAUACUGAUGAUGAAUGGCACCAUUAUGAUAACCCAGCUAUUUUCUGACACCAUUUGAACUUGAAGAUUUUGGAUGAAGAGCCUCAGAAGAUUUGGGAUAAUGUUGGGGAAUAUUAGGUUAAAUGCUGCAGUAAAACUCGAUGACAUUGAAUACUGUAUUUAAAUAAUGUUAAUAAUAGGCUAUAUUGUAAUCAAAGACUCAGACACCUUGUAUUAUAUGUUCUUAUUUAAUUUGUUAGAGUAAUAAAGCAUUUAGAAUAAAUCUUGUUUGCUUUA